AUGGGCGGGCGCCCCUCGAGCCCCCUGGACAAACAGCAGCAGCAGCACCUGAAAGGCCAGGUGGACACCCUGCUGAGGAAUUUCUUGCCUUGCUACCGUGGGCAGCUGGCGGCCUCGGUCCUGCGGCAAAUCUCCAGAGAGCUGGGCCCCCAGGAGCCAGCCAGAUGCCAACUGCUGCAGAACAAAAAGCUACCCCGAGUCCGUGAGCACCGAGGGCCCCUGACCCAGCUGCGGGGUCACCCACCCCAGUGGCAGCCAACCUUCUGUGUUCUGCGUGGGGAUGGCCGCUUGGAGUGGUUCAGCCACAGGGAGGAAUAUGAAAAUGGGAACCGUCCCCUGGGCUCCACGACCCUGACGGGGUACACAGUCCUGACUUCCCAACGUGAAUAUCUCUGCCUGUUGGAUGCUCUCUGCCCAGACUCCUCAAACCAUACGCAGGAAGAGCCUGAUCCCCUCUUGGAGAGGCCGGUUAGCUCCCCCCUGUUCCUGCAGCAUCCCUUCCGCCAGCACCUCUGCUUCUCUGCAGCCACAGGGGAGGCGCAGCGUGCUUGGAGACUAGCCCUGCAAGGUGGCAUCCGGCUUCGAGGCACAGUCCUGCAGCGAAGUCAAGCGCCGGCAGCCCGUGCCUUCCUAGAUGCCAUACGGCUCUACCGGGAACAACACGGCCAAUUUGGCAACGAUGACGUGACCCUGGGCUCCGACGCUGAGGUGCUGACCUCGGUACUGAUGCGGGAGCUGCUGCCAGCGCUGCGAGCCCAGACCCUGCCCGGCCUGCGAGGAGCCGGCCGCGCCCGGGCCUGGGCCUGGACCAAGCUCCUGGAUGCCGUCUACGCUGCAGUCCUGGCUGGGGCCUCCGCGGGGCUCCGCGCCUUCCAGCCCGAAAAGGACGAGCUGCUCGCGGCCCUGGAGAAGACAAUCCGCCCAGACAUGGAUCAGAUGCUGCGGCUGAGGGCGCGCGUGGCUGCAAGGCUGAAGGCCGAGGUCCAGAGCCCCCUGGAGUCGUGCCUGCGCGGGAAGGUGGAUGCACAGCUGCCCCGGAUCACGCAGACGCUGCUGAGCACUGUGGAAGCCGAACUCGCGGCGGUGCGGACCCUCCUAACCCAGGGCAUGGACCGCCUGUUCCGCCUCCUGCGUGGGAGCUCCUCCAGCACCCAGCUGCGGAAGGAGGUAUACUCAUUUGGGGAGAUGCCAUGGGACCCAGAGCUGAUGCAGAUUUGCUACCGAGAGGCCAAGAGGAGCCGGGGGCAGCUGGGGCAGCUGGCAGCACCGUUUGGCUUCUUUGGAACACAGAGCCUAGUGUUUGGGGCCCAGGAUCUCGCACAGCAGCUCAUGGCUGACGCCGUGACCACCUUCCUACAGCUGGCUGACCAGUGUCUGACCACGACUCUGGACUGCAACCAGGCCACCCAGCAGCUGGAGAAAGUCAGGGGGCGCGUGCUGAAGAAAUUCCAGUCGGAUAGCAGCUCGGCGCGGAGCAGGUUCAUCCACGGCUGGCUGCUCUGCAUCUUCUUGCCCUUCGUGUUGAGCCAGCUGGAGCCGAGCUGCAAAGCGGAGCUGCUUAAGUUUGAAGGGGACGUCCUUGCUGUGGGCAGCCCUGCCCUGACUAUCGAGGGGAUUUACGAGGAUGUUGUCCGGGGGUUCCUGCUCCAGAGGAUCAAUCGAGAAUUGAAAAAGGCCCUUGGGGCCAGAAACAUGUCCUGCAUUCUGGAUGACUGCUCAGAGGAGCCAUGGGACCAGGCAGAAGCAGAUGUAGAAACUGAGGCUCGUAGAGGGAUUUGCUCCAGGCAACCAGGCCCCAGCACCGAGGUCUAGCCACUAUGCCCACUGCCUCCUCCAGGGACAUUCCAGCGCUGAAGCUCUGCCCACACUUACAGUCAUUCUCAACAGAUAAAUGUCUACUUGUGUAAUUUCGGAGUCAAAUAUAUGUACCAUUUCAAGUCUUAUUAUGACCCCUACACCUCCACCUUAUUCCUCUCUGGAAAGGCUGUGCCUUUUAUUAACACUUCCACCAACAGUAUUUGUGCAUAUUCUCCUUUCCAAAC